UCCGCCUUUGCCGUAUUCACCCGGUUUGGUUUUGCCCCUCCGGCCUGUGUCGUGCGCUGGUCGGGCCUCGUUGCGUCGGGAUGAGCUACGCUCUUUCUCCAUGGAGACCAAGCGCCCUGAGAUUCCCGGCAGCGUCUUGGAUGACCUGUGCAGUCGUUUUAUUUUGCACAUUCCGAGUGAAGAACGAGACAAUGCAAUUCGAGUCUGUUUUCAGAUUGAGCUUGCCCAUUGGUUUUACUUGGAUUUCUACAUGCAGAACACACCAGGAUUACCUCAGUGUGGGAUAAGAGAUUUUGCUAAAGCUGUUUUCAGCCAUUGCCCUUUUUUACUCCCUCAAGGCGAAGAUGUGCAGAAGGUUUUAGAUGAAUGGAAAGAGUACAAAAUGGGAGUGCCAACUUAUGGUGCAAUCAUUCUUGAUGAGACCCUUGAAAAUGUGCUACUAGUUCAGGGUUAUUUAGCAAAAUCUGGCUGGGGUUUUCCAAAAGGAAAAGUGAAUAAAGAGGAGGCUCCACAUGACUGUGCUGCCAGAGAGGUAUUUGAAGAAACUGGUUUUGAUAUAAAAGAUUAUAUUAAUAAAGAUGACUAUAUUGAAUUAAGAAUCAAUGAUCAGCUAGCACGAUUGUAUAUCAUCCCAGGCAUUCCAAAGGACACAAAAUUUAAUCCUAAAACAAGAAGAGAGAUUCGGAAUAUCGAAUGGUUUUCAAUUGAUAAAUUGCCUUGCCAUCGAAAUGACAUGACCCCAAAGUCGAAGUUAGGUUUGGCACCUAACAAGUUUUUUAUGACCAUUCCUUUCAUCAGACCCUUAAGAGAUUGGCUUUCACGACGGUACGGAGACUCUUCAGAUAGUGACAAUGGCUUCUCAUCCGCCAGUAGCAGCACACCACCUAAAUCCAAUAUAGAAAAACAGAGAUCCAAACUCCAUUAUAGUCAGCAGGUGCUUACAGAUACACCCGUGGGAGACCAAUCAACAAGGCAGAGGCAAUUACAACAACAAAAGCCAUAUAACAAUCAUUUGGAUAUGCCUGAAGCUUUAAAACUAAAGAAUGCACGAGGCAAUGGCAAAAAGCAGUAUCAAGAUAUUCCUAAUCAAAAAAAGAGAACAAAUGGAGUUCAGAAUCAACCAGCCAAACAGAAUCAAACUUUGAAAUGUGAAAAGAAGCAUUCAAGAAAACUUCAAGAUAAUUUUGAAACAGAAACAGCGUACGAUUUGUGCUGCCUCAGCGAAGACCAGCAAGUAGACCGUGGACAAUCGGUGUCAUGCAACGGCCAUUGCAAAUUCUCUUUCUCCUCACGUGCUUUUCUGAGCUUCAAGUUUGACCAUGAUGCGAUCAUGAAAAAUUUUGACUUCUGAAGCUUGGUUGUUUGGACAAGCUGGCUAGAGUCCUGGCACAGAGCGAUUGAGUGGGUUUUUAAAAUCCAAUUUUUACAUUUUCUCAGGUUUUAAAGCAAUGCAGGGACCUAGUGGUGGACUGGAAGGUCUUGUUCUCAUUGUAAUAUGGGAGUAGCACCAUACAGUGUUGCACUUUAAAUGCAGUUUAGCUUUUACCUGCAAAAAUGCUUUCCAGUGUAUCAUUUAGUAGUUCCUAGCUAUGCAUUAGUGGGCAUUUUUAAUUCAUUUGUCUAGAUUUUGGAGGAGUAUUUUACUCUUGGGCCGUGUUAACCUUUUACACAUUUAAAUUACUCUUAUGUAUCAUAUUGGUUUUUUUGUGAUAUUUUGCAGUACAGCUGCUGAAAAACCCGUACAGAUUUUCUGAAGAGUACCAUAUUCCGUACUGAGCAAAGGAGCCAAGUAUUGUACGAUUCAGAAUUGUUGAAAAGCAACCUUUUGCUCUGAGAAUUGUUCUGCUUGGGAUCUUAUAUCAUUCAGAUCAAUUUAUUUCCCCAUCUUCAUUGUUGCACUGUACUGGAACUUUUUUAAAAUAUAGGCAUGCUUUAAAAUUGUAUUAUUAGUGUGAUAUUUUAUCUUACUUUCUGUUCAAUAGUUGUGUUUGUUUCAGCUCCAAUGGAAAGAUGGUGGUGAUAUUGGAAUGUGUCUAAUAUAACUUUUACUGUUCCCCAUGUGUGAAAUGUCUAAGCUGUUUCCAACCAGAAUUACAGGUUCUUUGAAAAAUGAAAUAUGAAAAUGUAUGUUUAAGGAGAUAAUUCUAGCAGUUAGAAUAAAUUAGUUUUUGGAAGUAGUGCAAAAGGAA